AUGGAGAAUCAGAUAAGCCAAUUGGCCAACCAAUUUAACCAAGCUCUAAAGACUCCAGGAACCUUCCCGGGCCAGACAGAACAACCUCAAAGAGCCCAAAUGAAUUUUGUAGCCCUGAGGAGUGGAAGGCAGUUGGACGAUCCUCCUACCAUGGAGCCAUCAAGGGAGGUCAAUGAAGAAGCAGAGGCAAGUGAGAAGGAAGUAGAAGAUGCUAGGGUUGAGGAGGCAUCAAAGGAAACACCACUAAAGCCACUUGCUCCAUAUGUGCCCAAGAUUCCUUUUCCUCAAAGGUUAGCACAAGCUAAACUUGAGAAAACGUUCAGUAAGUUCCUCGAUAUUCUUAAAAAGCUUCAUAUUAAUAUUCCAUUCCUAGAUGUCAUAUCUGAGAUACCUUCUUAUGCAAAAUUUUUAAAAAAUAUGCUAUCUAACAAGAGGAAAUUAGAAGAGAAUACUACUGUUGCUUUGAAUGCAGAGUGUAGUGUUAUUUUGCAGAAAACUUUCUCUAAGAAAUUAGGAGAUACAGGUAGCUAUUCAAUUCCAGUGAAGCUUGGAGAUAUUGAGAUCAAUAGGGCACUAUGCGAUCUAGGUGCAAGUGUGAGUCUUAUGCCGCUGUCCAUAUGCAAGAAGCUACAGCUGGGUGAGCUUAAACCCACACAUAUAUCUCUACAACUUGCAGACAGGUCAGUGAAGUUUCCUUUGGGUGUACUUGAGGAUGUACCCCUCAGAGUAGGUAAGUUUUUCAUUCCAUGUGAUUUUGUUGUGAUGGAGAUGGAAGAAGAUGUGAAUGUUCUGAUCAUACUUGGUAGACCUUUCCUAGCUACUGCAGGUGCAAUCAUAGACAUGAAGAAAGGUAAGAUCACUUUUAAAGUAGGUGAUGAAAAGUUGGAAUACUCACUUUUGAAUGUCAUGGGUGCUCCCUCUACGGGAGACACUAUUUAUCAGAUAAGCCAACUUUCGCAAUAG